UCCCAACAACCCCUUUCCCGCCAAAAAGUGCCACUUCAACACUCUCUCUCGAUCACUCUCUCCUCGUCUGGGCAUUCAACCCAAUUCUUCGCACUUCACAAUCGUGAAUAGAUAUUGAUAUGAACAGGGAAGAAUGUGAGAACAAUGUUAAUGUUAAUGUGACAGAAAACCCAAUGCGUGGAAUUGGGAUAACAAAUAAUUUGCAUGUGGAGAAUGAAGGAUUGUCAAAGCUUGAACCCUAUGUGGGGUUAGAAUUUAAUUCAGCAGACGAUGCCCGGGAAUUUUACAGUUUGUAUGCGGCACAUACUGGGUUUAAAAUCCGGAUUGGUCAGCUCUAUCGAUCAAGAUCUAAUGGGUCUGUUUCAUCUCGAAGAUUUGUGUGCUCCAAGGAGGGAUUUCAGCUCCAUUCAAGAACAGGUUGUCUGGCAUUCAUAAGGGUACAGAGGGUUGAAUCUGGGAAAUGGGUUAUUGACAAUUUCAAGAAGGAUCACAAUCAUGAACUUGAACCUACAGAGGAAAUGUGCCUGAGCCGGAUACAGCCGGCUGCAAAAUCUUUAGUUAAUGGGACCUAUAGGCAGGGAAUUAGGUUGCUUGAGGAAGAGGAGGAUGAAAACCAUUUCCCAUCUGGCAUCAUCAACUUCAAACGCCUGAAGACGGGAGAGAGGGAAGGUGGUGAAGCCAUGGUCGAACCAUAUUUAGGUCAGGAGUUCAGUUCAGCAAAUGAAGCAUACAAAAAUUACAAUGCUUAUGCAGCUAGUACAGGGUUCAAAAUUCGGAUUGGCCAGUUGUUUCGUUCAAGGGAUGAUGGGUUAAUUACAUGCCGAAGAUUUGUCUGCUCAAAGGAAGGACAUCAACAUUCUUCAAGAGUAGGAUGUGGGGCAUUCAUAAGGGUAAAGAGACAAGAUUCAGGAAUGUGGGUAGUGGACCGUUUCAUCAAAGAACAUAAUCAUGAUCUUGAUCCUCCAAGGGAAGCCGAUAAGAAAAUCCCUACCGCUUUGAUAGGAUUCAGAGAUGACACUAGUGGUGGAUUGGAAAACUUGGGUUCAGUCGAGACAAAUGACGGGAGUCAUAUGAAAAGAAGUCAAGAAAGUAAUAUUGGAAGCGAUUGGUAUGAUGUUCUCCUCGAGUAUUUUCAAUCCCGGCAAGUAGAAGAUACAGGAUUCUUUUAUGCUGUAGAACUGGAUGAUGGCAGAUGCAGGAGUGUGUUCUGGGCUGAUGGCAGGUCUAGAUUUUCAUGCAGCCAGUUUGGUGACGCCAUUGUUUUUGACACCUCAUACAGGAAAAGUAACUAUUUGGUGCCAUUUGCUAUGUUCAUCGGAGUUAACCAUCACAGACAACCAGUGCUUCUUGGGUGUGCUUUAAUUGCUGAUGAAUGUAAGGAGUCCUUUACUUGGGUGCUCAGAACUUGGUUUAGGGCAAUGUCUGGCCGCCAUCCACAGUCCAUAAUAGCAGAUCAAGACAAGGCCAUCCGACAAGCGAUUGCCCAAGUAUUCCCAGGGAUCCAUCAUCGAUUCUCAGCAUGGCAAAUCAAGGCAAAGGAGCGGGAGAACCUGGGCCGUCUACUUUCCAUAGACAGUGGUUUUAAAUAUGACUAUGACAAGUGCAUUUAUCAGAGUCAAACAGCUGGUGAAUUUGAUGCUGCAUGGAAUGCACUCCUCAACAAAUACCGCAUGAAGGGGAAUGCUUGGCUAAAAGAAAUGUAUGAGAAGCGUGAAAGUUGGGUUCCACUGUACUUAAGGGGCACCUUCUUUGCCGGAAUCCCAGUGAAUGGAGGUAUUAAGUCAUUCUUUGGUACACUUUUAAACGCCCAAACACCACUUAGAGAGUUUAUUUUACAGUAUGAAAGAGGUCUUGAGCGACGCCGUGAGGAGGAAAGACAAGAUGAUUUUGAUUCUUCUAAUUUGCAGGCAUAUUUGCACACAAAAGAAAUGAUAGAAGAACAAUGUAGAAGGCUUUACACACUCACUGUUUUCAAAGUGUUUCAGAAAGAACUUCUGGAUAGCUAUGGCCAUCUUGGAAUGAAGAUUUCUGAAGAAGGGAUCAUCAGUAGAUAUUUGGUGCGGAAGUGUGCAAACGACAAUGAGAAACAUAUAGUUACCCUCAAUGGAUCCAACCUGAAUGUGUUUUGUAGCUGUCAAAUGUUUGAAUUUGAAGGUGUGCUGUGUAGACAUAUUUUGAAAGUCUUCCAGAUGGUGAACAUAAGGGACAUUCCAUCUUGCUACAUCCUACACCGGUGGACAAAAAAUGCCAAGUAUGGUUUUGUGGGUGAUGUUGAAUCAGACUCAGGAGGUAGCUCCCAAGAUCUCAAGGCCAUGAUGGUAUGGGGUUUAAGAGAAGAAGCCUGUAACUACAUUGGGGCUGGGGCUGCAUCUCUUGAAAGGUACAAACUUGCCCUAGAGAUUAUGCUAGAAGGUAGAAGAAAAAUUAGUCAGCAAAACUAAGUUCCUAGAGGAAAGGCCAUACACAUCUCUUGUGCUAUAUUCUGUAGGCUGAGAUGCAUGUGCAGUUAGUUCUUUUGUGGGCCUCAGCUCUGUAUUAAAAGACUUGAUUUUCUUUGCAUACAAAUACCCUUUGUAUUAAAAUCAGAACUAGUUGAAUAAAUUCAAAAUUCUGAGUUCCAUCCA